AAAAAAAAAAACUAAGAUCAAGCUGCCACUUAGUACAUUCUUAACGAUCAAAAAACACACAAACACACACUGGAAAACACAGAAAUUUCUGAGGAAACAGUUAUAACCGAAAUGAUAUUUCCUUUUUGAUAGAGUUUUCUACUCCAUAAACAGAACCCACAAAUCAAGAUUUAAUUUUUCGGAACAAUCAGGUUUUACUAGGCCUAAGAAUCCAUCGAGCAAGAGAUAUGGAGCCAAAAUAUGCAGCUUGUGUAGUGCUGGCUUUCUCUCUCAUGGUCAUCAUCACUUAUUACCUUCAGCCUCAUGGAGUUGUAGCCGAUGCAACGCAGACAGCAUCGUUGUCUCUUAAUGCUUCCCAGAGUCCUGCAAAGAAGAUUCCUGAGAGGAUGUUUGGACUGGCAUUUGAGGAGAUCAACCAUUCCGGGGCCGGUGGGCUUUGGGCAGAGCUUGUCAGCAACCGAGGUUUUGAAGCCGGAGGUCCAAAUACUCCUUCAAACAUCAGUCCAUGGACCAUCAUUGGCAACGAAACAUCUAUUCUAGUAUCUACGGACAGAUCAUCCUGCUUCGACAAAAAUAAGGUGGCUCUUCAAAUGGAGGUGCUCUGUGACGUUGAUGGUGAUAACAUCUGUCCAACAGGAGGAGUUGGAGUCUAUAAUCCGGGUUAUUGGGGAAUGAAUAUUGAGAAAGGAAAGAGGUAUAGAGUGGCGUUCUAUGUCCGUUCGUUGCAACCGAUUGAAAUGUCUGUGUCAUUCAUUGGCUCAAAGGAGCAGAAGCUAGCUACAUAUGAUAUAAAGGAUGACGACGUUGCAGAGUGGAAGAAGAUGGAGAUGGUGUUGGAAGCAUAUGGAUCAGAUGCUAAUUCAAGACUGCAGCUGACAACAUCAAAAAGCUCAACAAUAUGGCUUGAUCAAGUCUCAGCACUACCUUUGGACACUCACAAUGGACAUGGAUUUCGACAAGAUCUUUUCAACAUGCUUGCUGCUUUGAAGCCGGGAUUUAUCAGAUUUCCGGGCGGCUCGUAUGUCGAAGGAGGCAGACUGAUGAACGCAUUUAGAUGGAGAGAAACUAUAGGCGCAUGGGAAGAGAGACCGGGUCAUUUCAAUGAUGUUUGGCAGUACUGGACCGAUGACGGACUUGGUUAUUUUGAGUACUUACAACUUGCUGAGGAUUUAGGCACGUCGCCUAUUUGGGUAGUCAACAUAGGAAUUAGCAGAAAUGAACAAGUUGACAAUUCACUCCUUAUGCCCUUUGUGCAAGAUACUCUUGACGCGAUUGAGUUUGCUAGAGGAGACGCGUCUUCCACAAUGGGCUCUGCCCGGGCAGCAAUGGGCCAUCCUGAGCCUUUUGAUCUGCAGUACGUUGCUGCUGGAAAUCAGGACUGUUGGAAAAAGAAUUAUCGCGGGAGCUACAUGAAGUUUUACAAUGCAAUAAAAGAGGCCUAUCCAGAUAUCAAGAUCAUCACAAACUGUGAUGCUUCAGCUGCAGUGUUGGACCAUCCAGCAGAUUUGUAUGAUUAUCAUGUCUACACAAAUGCAAACUCCAUGUUUUCGAUGGCUCACAACUUCGAUCACACCUCAAGAAACGGACCAAAGGCUUUUGUGAGCGAAUACGCUGUCACAGGAGGCGAGGCUGGCAGGGGAAAUAUGCUGAAAGCACUAGCUGAGGCCGGUUUUCUCAUAGGACUAGAGAGAAACAGUGACGCUGUUGAGAUGGCCAGCAGUGCGCCGUUGUUUGUGAAUGUCAACGAUCAGAGGUUCAAUCCAGAUGCAAUAGUUUUCGACUCUUCAAAGGUCUAUGGCACGCCUACCUACUGGAUGCAGCACUUGUUCAAGGCAUCAAAUGGCGCCACCCUUCUUGAUUCCACGCUGCAAUCGCCUUCCUCCUCCCUCACCGCAUCUGCCAUUUCAUGGACUGAUGCAGACAGCGGCAGGAGCUACAUCAGAGUAAAGGUUGUGAACUUUGGAGGCAACAGAGUGAAUCUGAAGCUUUCUGUCGAGGGAUUGGACAACAGGUCUAUAGAAUCAGCCGGCUCUACAUUGACUACGCUAACAUCUACUAAUGUGAAGGACGAAAAUUCGUUCAAAGAACCCAAAAAGGUUUCGCCAGUUAUAAACGCACUCAAAAAUGCCAGCAACAAAAUGACAUUUGUUAUACCUCCAUAUUCUUUCAUUUCAAUUGACUUGCUGCGAAAAUCACAUGUUAUUCAAGAUGCAGGAUCUAAUGGUGUCUAUGAGUCACGAGUUAUUUGAGAUUUUAA